AUGGCCGCCGACUGGGAAAGCCGCGCGAAAGCAAAGAGGGACGCCGUCCUCAACUUGAUUCCGGCGGAAUGGCGCCUGAAAGACAUACCUUCCCGUGAGGAGCAGAAGGAUGUUACUGGGUCGUACAUCCAACAAUUCCUCACCGAGCCAGAGGUUGAGAUCACCGAGACCGAUGCGGUGGGACUUGCCGACAAGAUUGCAGCUGGUAAAUGGUCUGCGGUCGAGGUCACCAAGGCGUUCUGCCAUCGAGCUGCACUCGCCCAUCAAUUGGUCAACUGUCUCCAUGAGAUCUUUUUUGAGGCUGCCAUUCUGUCUGCCCAGGCUUUGGACGACUACUACGCGCAACAUAAGAAGACCAUCGGCCCUCUUCAUGGUGUUCCCGUCUCGUUGAAAGAUCAGUUCCAUGUCCGGGGCGUGGAAACCACCAUGGGGUAUGUUGGCUGGAUUGGCACUUUUGAAGGUGUUCCCAACGACCCUCGCCGUGCAUCGUUUGAAAGCGAAAUGGUCCGAGAGCUGAGAAACCUGGGAGCUGUCUUGUACUGCAAGACCAGCGUGCCUCACACCCUUAUGAGCGGCGAGACUGUCAAUAAUAUCAUCGGGUACACUUGGAAUCCGAAAAACCGUUAUUUGGCCGCCGGUGGCAGCUCCGGCGGCGAGGGCGCACUGAUUGGGUUGAAAGGAUCGCCUGGAGGGUUUGGUACUGACAUCGGAGGCUCGAUACGGAUUCCAGCAGCCUUCAAUGGAUUAUAUGGCAUCCGACCAACGUCUGGAAGACUGCCUUACGAAGGCAUGGCCAACAGUAUGGAUGGCCAAAACAGCAUCUUGUCCGUCGUGGGCCCGCUCGCCACCAGUGCCAGAACCUUGCGGUUGCUCACAAGGUCGGUGCUAUCCCAGCAGCCAUGGCUGUACGAUCCUUUGGUGGUCGACAUGCCCUGGCGUGAUGCUGAAGAACAGGCCAUAUACGAGAUUAUCAAAUCGACAUCUUCCAAGGGACGGCUUAGCUUUGGUGUCUUGAAGACUGAUGGGACCGUCAAUCCACAGCCACCUGUCCAACGCGCCAUUGCCAUGGUCGCCGAAGCUCUGGAAAAGGCCGGACACAAGGUCAUCGAGUGGAAACCGCCCUCUCACCGACGGAUUGUGGAUGUUGUGAUCAAGACCUGGAUCUAUGACGGUGGAAAAGACGUGCAUGGAGCCUUUGCCUUGUCUGGCGAGCCCAUCUCUUUGCAGAUCAAAUCGAGUUAUGGCGACAAACCUAAAGAAGAGUACACGGCAUCGCAGAUUGCCGCCACCAACAUUGCCAAACGCAAAAUCCAGAAGGAGUACAUGGACUACUGGAACAGUACGGCGGAAGAGACGGGGACUGGCCGCCCCGUCGACGGUGUCAUCUGUGCACUUGCUCCAUAUCCUGCAGCCCGACCGGAAAAGUAUGAUUACUACGGUUACAGCCUUUGGGUAAAUGGAUUGGACUAUACCAGCGUGGUGGUGCCGGUGACGACGGCAGACAAAUCCCUGGACCAGUACGCCGAAGGAUAUGUACCGAUCAGCGAUCUCGACAAGAAAACAUUCGAGGCCUACGAUGCCGAGAUCUAUGACGGGGCCCAUGUCAGUUUGCAGAUCGUGGGCAGAAAAUUCACCGAAGAGAAGAUGCUCGCGAUCGCGGAAUAUGUCGGCGGACUGCUGGGAAAAUAG